GUCUUGGGUUACAACAGCACUAACAACAGGUAGCAUUGCACACAGGCAGUUGCUGGGAAGGCUCCGCCCCCAUCUCUGGCUAGGAGCCCUGCAGGUGAUGAUAAACAAGCUCCUGUGGAAUUGUGGGUAGACACUGGACUUGUAAACGAAAGGCUUCAUAAGUACCUCUUUGCUUAGUAUUUUGCUCGUCCUUUCCCCAGGGUGCACGUAACCCUCAAGCACUAGGACCGUGCGGAAUCCAGGCUACGAUGGCACCUUCAUGUACCGCCCGCAUUCAAUUGUUCCUUUUGCGGGCGCUAGGCUUUCUCAUAGGCUUAGUAGGUCGAGCAGCUUUAGUCUUAAGGGGUCCAAAGUUUGCCUCAAAGACCCCUCCGCCUGUGACUGAACCAUUGCUUCUGCUUUCGGGGAUGCAGCUGGCCAAGCUGAUCCGACAGAGAAAGGUGAAAUGUAUAGAUGUUGUUCAGGCUUAUAUCAACAGAAUCAAGGACGUGAACCCAAUGAUCAAUGGAAUUGUCAAGUACAGGUUUGAGGAAGCAAUGAAGGAGGCUCAUGCUGUAGAUCAAAAGCUUGCAGAGAAGCACGAAGAUGAAGCCACCCUGGAAAAUAAAUGGCCCUUCCUUGGGGUUCCUUUGACAGUCAAGGAAGCUUUCCAGCUACAAGGAAUGCCCAAUUCUUCUGGACUCAUGAACCGCCGUGAUGCCAUUUCCAAAACAGAUGCCACUGUGGUGGCAUUACUGAAGGAAGCUGGUGCCAUUCCCCUUGGCAUAACCAACUGUAGUGAGUUGUGUAUGUGGUAUGAAUCCAGUAACAAGAUCUAUGGCCGAUCAAACAACCCAUAUGAUUUUCAGCAUAUUGUAGGUGGAAGUUCUGGUGGUGAGGGCUGCACACUGGCAGCUGCCUGCUCAGUGAUUGGUGUGGGCUCUGAUAUUGGUGGUAGCAUUCGAAUGCCUGCUUUCUUCAAUGGUAUAUUUGGACACAAGCCUUCUCCAGGUAAUGUUAAUAUGAUUGGAAGGGGGGUUCUACUUUUAUAAUUCAGAGCAAUUCAGAAAUUUUGUUCCUAGCAGGAUUAUCUUACUUAUCAGGGUGAUUAUUACAUAUUUCUCAAUGUACUUAAAUAAAACUAGGUACUGUUUAUUGAGCACCAACUCUGGGAUUGGUGCACAAAAUUGUGCAAGAGUCUCCUAUAACUAAUUUCAUUUAAUACUUAUAGUAGUUGGGUUUUUUUUUCAGAAAGAUAUCCCCAGUUUACAAAUGACAAAUUCAAAGCUCAGAAAGAUUAAAUAAACCUACCCCAAAUUAAAUAGUUAAACAAGUAAAUCAUAGUGCUAGGAUUCAAACCUACUUGGAUUACAGGAGACUGUUUUCUAUCCACUGUACUAAAAUGACUUAUCAGGUAAAUUUGAUUUUCCCUCAUUUAAAGGGCAAAACAACACAAUUUCAGAAACAGUGGAAAGAAAAAGUAAAAUUCUGUCACCUAGAAACUCUAGUUAUUGGCAUUUACUGUUUUUUCAAUGAAUUCAAGGAGUAUUUAUUUUGUAUUAUUUAUGAUGGUAAGAAUGUUAAAGCAGAGUCCCUUCAUUCAAGGAACUUAAAAUCUUCUAGACUUACAAAAAGUGAUUUAAAGGUAAUAUAAGGUAGUCUAAUAAAUAGAAUUGUGGUAUAGUAAAGCAGAACAUUUUGAAAUUUAGAUUAAUCAUAAAAAUAUGCUAAGAAUAAAUCCUCAUUUGGUCAUGGUUUUUAGGAAUCAGCAUUAUAAUAAUGGUCCAUAUACACCAUGGAAUACUAUGUAGCCAUGGAAAAGAAC